AUAUCGAAGCAUUUCUGGUGCGACUUAGCAAUUUUAUCAUCGCAUGGCACCAUGACUUCCGGUCAAAACACGAUGUUUCCAGCUGCUGUUGCGACAGUUUUUGACAGUUGGACAGUCCUUCAGCUAGCUGUAACUCAAGGAUUUGGAGGUGCAGACAGCAGAGAAAAAGCAGAAUGGAUGAUAACAGCUGUUGACCAGUGGUUUAGAGAAAAUAAGGAUAUUGAUGACUAUGAAGUGGAAGAUUUCCUCGCUGAUAUAAUGAACACAGAAUUUGAUACGAUUGUUGAAGAUGGGAGCUUAUCACAGAUAUCUUCACUAAUAUGUAGGAUAUACAAACUUUGUCGUGAAGGCAAGGAAGCAGAAGUAAGGGAACUGGUAAAGGGUCUACCAAAAGCUGCUGUACAGAACUGUGCCAGAGUGGCUGGUAAUGAUGAAACCAUUGAAGGGGAUGACGAGGAGAAUGUCAAUGAACAAGGGGGACAGAACUCUUCUAGUGUCAGCUCCUGUGGAGGGUUAACAAAUGGAAUGGAAAAUACAUGUACAUCACACCAAAGUACAAAGCAAGAAUCUACAGAAGAAACUAUGGAAACAGAAGAAGAAGACGCCUGGACUACAGUACACCGAGGAAAACGCAGAUAACACUGAACUGUGAUCAUUUUAAUACUGUAAAUAUUGGUCAAUAAAUUAUGUUACGCAA